AUGUCAGCACAAAUAACCCUUGAUGCUGAACUUGGCACAAAAUAUGAAGAUUCUGGUGAUUCCUUUGAUUACCCCAUGUUGUUAGAGGGGACCACUUCAAAUCUACAGCAGGAGCGUUCAGAGGAGGAUACAGCCUACUUGCAGCCAUUUGGUUGCUUGUUGGUGCUUGAUGUAAUGAGCCUCAAUGUCAUUGCAUUCAGUGAAAAUGCACCCGAGAUGCUUAAAACAAUCAGCCAUGCAGAGCCAAGUAUCUAUGAAUCCCCAAUGCUGUCCAUUGGGACGAAUGCAUUGUCACUUUUCGUGGAAUAUAGUGCCACAUCACUACACAAGGUACUAAGGUCUGCUGAUGUUUCUUCUUUGAAUCCAGUCCUAGUUGAAUGCAGAUCAUCGGGCAAGCUAUUUUAUGCCAUUGCCCAUAAGGUGACUGGUACUGGUUGUCUAGUGGUUGAUUUUGAGCCAGUGAAGCCUUCUGAAAUUUCUACUGCUGUUGCAUGGGCUUUGCCGCAGUCUUACAUGCUUACGGCGCCGGCAGUAUCAAAGAUCCAGUCAGUGCCAGUGGGAUAUGAUAGAGUCAUGGCUUACAAGUUCCAUGAAGAUUAUCAUGGUGAGAUCAUUGCUGAGGUUAGAGAACCUGGUCUUGAACCAUUUAUUGGCCUACACUAUCCAGCCACUGAUAUCCCUCAAGCCGCGAGGAUUAUUUUCAUGAAGCACCAAGUUCAAAUGAUAUGUGACUGCUCUAUGAGGCCAGUGAAGAUUAUCAAAGACGAGGAACUCCCUUUUAAUGGGGUGCCACAAAGUUGUCACCUUCAGUAUAUGAAGAACAUGAAAUCGGUUGCCUCUCUAGUAAUGGCUGUUGUGAUAAAUCAAAAAAUGGAGAAUAUUCUGAUGCCAAGCAUGAACAACCAACAGAAUGGCGGCGCCUGA